GCAUUAAAAUUAAUAAACAAGAGACUAUGAAGAUUUAUUGGUACAAUUACUUUUAUUAUAAAAUUAGUUGUAUACCAUGAUAUAGAAAUAAAAAAUAUACAAAACAGUGUGAUGAUCAAGUAUGACAGGUUCUUCUGAAAUGGAUACAAAUAAACAAACAGAAGAAUCUAAUAAUAUUCCAAAUAAUGUUGGAAAAUCUGAAAGUUCAGAUUCAAUAGAGGUGGAUAAUUCACGUACAGUUUUAUUAAAAAUAGCAACAUUAUAUGCAGAACGUCUUAUGAAUGAUAUUUGUCUAGUUGUUGAUGGUAUAGAAUAUCCAGCACAUCGUCUUAUACUUUGUGCUUCUAGUGAUGUUUUUCAAGUAAUGUUAAUGAGUCCUCAAUGGAGUGAAUCUCAAGAAAGUAGAGUAACCCUCCAAGAAACGCCACAAUGUGUACCUAUAUUUAGUGAGUUUCUGCGGUACUUUUAUACUGGUCAAAUAAGAAUUAAUUAUGGUGUCGUUCUACCAAUAUUAUCAUUAGCUGAUAAGUAUAAUGUUAAGGAUUUAAUAUCACUGUGCCUUGAUUAUAUGCAAAAUCAUAUUGCAUUAGCUGCCAUACAUGGCACUUUAGUAUCAUGGUUACAAUAUACUUCAAAUUGUGGUCAUCACAAUAUUACUCAAGCAUGCCAAAAUUUUAUUAAAUGGAAUUUGGAAUUGGUGGCUAAGACUGCAGACUUUGGAAACUUUGAUUUGGAUAUUUUAGUAUCAUUGUUACAUCAAAGUAGUUUAGUAAUAAAGGAUGAAAUGACAUUAUAUAAAUGUUUAGAAUCAUGGUUAGAUCAUCAGGCAAAUCGAUUAAAAACACAAUUAUCACACGAUGAAUUAGAAGCAACAUUGGAACAAUUGGUAAUAGCUGUGAUGUCUCCAGUUAGAUUUCCAAUGAUGUCUCCUCGGCAAUUAGCAGAAUUGCUAUUAUUUCCUUUAACAAAAAAAUAUAAGGAAUUCUUUGUAGAACGUAUGUCUAUAGGGAUGUCAUUUCAUUCUGGUCAAUUAGACAGAGUUAAAGAAGUGAGUUCAAGUGAAGAAGAUGGCGCAUUACUUUUUGAACCUAGAUUAUAUACUGUAGACACUUGUAGUUCAUUACUUACAAUAGAGAAUUUUCACGGUUUACCUUCUUAUCAUACAAGAACACUUGUAUUUUCGAGUCAUUCGUGUUUGGCAGAAUAUGCUGGUGACCGUGCGUGUGAAUGGGUCGUAGACAUAUAUCCGAAAGGGGUUUGGUUUAAAAAAUUUUUUUUGAUAGUAUGGCAAGGAACAGUAGAGAUGCCAGAACAUGUAAAACGUUCGGUUAGAUUAUCACUUACGUGUAAGGAACCACCCGUAAAUAGUAAUGCCGAUAUGCGGGUAAAAAUAGGUGUUUUAAUAUAUGGUUUACAGGAUGGUGUUGAGCAUAUUGCUAGAGUAACAGAAAUUAUUCACAGAUUUAGUAAAAAAGAACGAGUUCUUAAUUUGGACGAUCUUUUGCCGUUCGAGGAACUUAAUCCGCAACAAGGUUCUGUAACAGAAAAUACUUCUCCUUUUCUUGUAGGUCCAAAUAAAGAUAUGCUCAAACUUCACAUUGUUAUAUCACCAGCUAACUAAGAUAAAUCUCUUAAACUGUACCAAAUAAAAUUUUAUUAUGAAAUUCAA